AUGGCCAACUACGGCUACCAAUCUCCUCCCAACCAACCCUAUUCCGCCCAGAACAACCUCAACUUCUACCAAUCCUCAUACUCAACACAACCCGUAUCGGGGCAAAGCACACCGUUUCAAGCGUACGGCAGCGGUGCUCAGGGUCAAGCUUAUGGUCAAGCGAAUGCAUAUGGCGCCUCGUCAGCCAAUUAUGGCUUUGGCGCAUUUCCAGGACAGCCAGGAGCAAGCGGGCAGAUGGGCACAGGACAGAGUGGUUUGAGGACUGGCUGGUUGGCAGCUUUUGGCACAGAAGGAUACGAUGGUGAACCGCCACUAUUAGAAGAGCUGGGUGUCAACUUUCAACAUAUUCAGAGCAAGACACUCACUGUUCUCAAUCCCAUGGCGCGGAUAGACCAGCACCUCAUGGACGACGCGGAUCUGGCAGGACCAUUUCUCUUCUGUGCAUUGUUUGGAACGUUCCUUCUCUUGACAGGCAAGCUAUGGUUCGGAUAUGUCUGCGGCCUUGCUGCCCUUGGAGCGAUCAGCCUUCAUUUCGUUUUCAGCAUGAUGUCACCUCCACUCUCCCAAGAAGAGAUGAACGCUGCACAAAACUCCAAUGGCAGCUACCACGGAUCAUCACACUUCUCCUCAUCACUCACACUCGGUCGAUCGAGCUCUGUCCUGGGCUACUGCCUGUUGCCGCUGGUCUUUGCCAGCUUGCUUGGCGUUAUCUUGCCGCUGGACACUUUCAUUGGAUACUGCCUGGUCAGCCUGGCCAUUGCAUGGUGUACUUACUCAAGCUCGGCCAUGUUCAUUGUUGUCGGCCGGAUGACGAAUAUGCGAGGCUUAGUGGCAUACCCGCUCGCUCUUUUCUAUGUCGGGUUUGGAAUCAUGGCAGUCUUUUCAAGCCGUGGCACUGGAAGAAUGGAUGCCAUGACCAAGGCUCCCGUCGCUUGA